AUGGUCAGCGAGGAUACAAGUUGCAAUGUACAGAGCCUGGACUUCAAACAUGCCAACUCUUCCACUCACUCAGGUAUCUGGCAGAGAAUAUUUUGCUUUGGAGAUGAGUCUGUAGGAAAAUUGUUGCCCUCUGCACUUACUGUGAGCCUGGGGCGGUGCAGGAGCAGUAUAAAAGCAGCACCUUCUCCUCACUCUCACAUCCACUCUUCCUCUCUCCAGCUCCUUGGGAAUAAGGUGCAUCUGCAGCCCCAAGCCAUGUCCUGCUACACGCCGUGCCGGCCCUGCCAGCCCUGUGGCCCCACCCCGCUGGCCAACAGCUGCAAUGAGCCCUGUGUCAGGCAGUGCCAGGACUCCACUGUUGUCAUUGAGCCGCCUGCUGUGCUGGUGACCCUGCCCGGGCCCAUCCUCAGCUCCUUCCCACAGAACACCGCCGUGGGAUCCUCCACCUCUGCUGCUGUUGGCAGCAUCCUCAGCUCCCAGGGAGUGCCCAUCAGCUCUGGGGGCUUUGGCCUGUCUGGCUUGGGCAGUGGCCUCUGUGGCACGAGGUGCCUCCCCUGCUGAAGCUGCUGGCGCUGGCCCUGGGGCAGGAACCCAGGCACUCCCAGGAUGGAGCCGCCCUGGGCACGCAGCAUCGGCUUGUGGCUUCCGGAGGGGCUGAGCAACCCCAGCAGCCCCUGCAG